AUGCAUCGGCUCGACGCCCGGCGGUGGCGAGGUCUAAGUGGCCUGCGGAGCGCGUUUUCCCCCGACGUGCGGCGGGAGGCUGCCGCGCUGGACGCUCUCGCGGGGCGGGUGUUCCUGGCACAGCUGGUGAACUUUCUCAUCAGUAUUGUCAGUUCCAUUUUCUGCGGACAUCUGGGCAAGGUGGAGCUGGGCGCCGUGACGCUUGCUGUUUCGGUUGUGAACGUUACUGGGAUUUCAGUCGGAACUGGCCUAGCCUCGGCUUGUGACACACUGAUGUCUCAGUCCUUUGGAGGCCAAAACCUGAAGCGCGUGGUGGUCAUACUUCAAAGAGGGAUCCUCAUCCAGCUCCUGUGCUGCUUCCCUUGUUCAGCGGUCUUCAUCAAAUCCAUCCCUCCCUCCUCCAUCCCUCUAUCCCUUCAUACUUUUCUCUCCACAGGGGUCGAAUGCACAGGAGUUGUCUUUACUCUUGCACUUAGAGCUAAGAAAGUGUCCAGUUGGCACGAAACACUUAGCAACCUUCACAUACUGAUGGUGUAG